GCUUGGUCAGAGUUGUUAGAGAGACGGAAUGAGACGCUUUCCAGCUCGGGUCAUGCGAGCACUGGAGGAAACUAAAGUUUGACAUCUCACUCAAAAAAAGAGACAUGUGGAUGAGCCUCACUCUCUCACUCGUGGCUGCCUUGGCGCUGGGCACAGAGGUCUCCGUCCCUCAGGAUGUGGGCUCACUGGAUCCAGCUGAAAAGCCAGCAGACGAGGCAGAUUUCAGCAAUGAUGAUUUAUCUUCCCUGUAUGGAAAUUCCAGACAUCAGAUCUUGUUGGCUCAGUAUGAAUGUUACCUGAAGAUGAUUCACGAGCCACUUCACACAGAUGAAGGCCCUUUCUGUAACCGUACGUGGGACGGUUGGAUGUGUUGGGACGACUCGGCGCCAGGGACUUCCAUGCAGAUGUGUCCUUCAUACUUUAUAGACUUUGACGCCAGAGAAACAGCUACCAAAAUUUGCAAUCCUGAUGGCCAGUGGUUCCACCAUCCAGCGAGUAAAAGAGUCUGGACUAACUACACACUGUGUUCUGCCUACAGUAAAGACAAACUCAAGUUUACACUCAGUCUCUAUUACCUGGCUAUGGCCGGUCAUGGUAUAUCCAUCAUUUCUUUAAUCAUCAGUUUGAUCAUCUUCUCCUAUUUAAAAAGUCUUAGCUGUCAGAGGAUCUCUCUACACAAAAACAUGUUCAUCUCUUUCAUCUUCAACUCUGUGUUUACCAUGGGAUGGCUUUCAAUGAUCUCCGGUGGUAGGCAAACCAUAAAUGCCAUCAACCCUGUCAGCUGCAAGAUUCUGGCUACUUUGGUUGCGUAUACGUCUACCUCCAACUACUUCUGGAUGCUGUGUGAGGGCAUCUAUCUCCACACGCUCAUCAUAGUGGCCGUCUUUGUGGGGGAACAGCAGCUGGUUUGGUACUAUGUCCUGGGAUGGGUUUUUCCCAUCUUUCCUGCCCUUAUAUAUGCUUUUGCUCGUGGAUUCUACUUUAAUGACACGUGUUGGAUCAGUUCAAACUCCCACCUCCUCUACAUCAUUCAUGGGCCCAUUCAUGCUGCACUCUUUGUAAACUUUUUCUUUCUCCUGAACGUCAUCCGAGUCCUCAUUACCAAGCUGAGGAAGACGCACUGCGCUGAGUCUACCACCUACAUGAAGGCGGUGAGAGCCACGCUCAUCCUGAUCCCUCUGCUGGGAGUCCAGUACAUCCUCAUGCCCUGGACACCACACGAAUUUGAUAACCAAGUCAUUUACUGCUUUGUGGCGAUCCUUUCCAACUUCCAGGGACUCCUUGUGUCAAUUAUUCUCUGUUUCUGCAAUGCAGAGGCCCAAACAGCGCUGCGCAGGAAGUGGGUUCAGUGGAAGAUCGCCUGGGGGAAAACGGGUUUGGGAGAAACUCAGUUCGUCAGCCAUCACUUCAGCUGUCACACUACCUCCUCCAUCGUGGAGACCAGCCGUGCCACUGGCAGCUCUGAGGUGCCCGUCGAGGUGCCCGUCGAGGUGCCGGUCGAGGUGCCUGCCGCGGCGCUGUCUCACCAACAGACGGAAACCUGUCACCUCAUGCCUGUGGGACAGGAUAAGGAUGCACAAACCAAGACCAGACCGCUAACUUCGGAAGCAGCAGAGAUGACGGCUGUGGUGUCCAACAACUAAAGCACCCAACAUCUGAAAAAAAGAAACUAAAAACUCAUUUACAAAGUAAAUGGAAAGUGAUUGCUUUGUAUGUACAUAAAUGAUAUUGUAUGAACAAUCUGAUAUUUUUACACCAGUCAAGAACUUGUAGGAAGACAUUUGUUAAUCAUUGUGCCAUUGUAUUGUUUCUGUGCAUUUUAAUAGGCAGUGCAUCAUAUUUUUUUCCUUCUUGUUUUUAACUAAAGUUUCUUUUAUACUACACUUGAAAAUGCUACUCCAAACUGUGCACUGUGGCCUUACGGAGCUUUUACACUGUCUGGCGUAUGUAUUUUGAACUAUUCACAUUUUCCUAUGUUACAACCCAAAUCCUCAGUAAAUUUUAUGUUACGGAUUAGCACAAAGUCGUCCAUAAUUGUGUAUAAAACACAUCAAACUGUGCAGUUGUAACAUGAGAAAAUGUGAAAAGGUUUAAGAGAAUACAAAAAUCCCAUUUUUAUCACAAGGUAUUUUGACUUCAAACAAUGCUCUGCUUUACUUUCAGUAACUGUAAAAAAAAAAAAAAAAACAUGGAUGGCAACUUGGAAAUGUCCAGCUCUGACCCGUAACUCACAAAAACGUUGGAGACCUCACUAACUGCCAUAACAUGCACACAAAAAUUCACAUGUCUUUCAAGGACACCAGAGUUGAACAUAUCAGAAAUUGGUGGCUGGUUCUGAAUUUCAUUUUGUGAAAUUGUCUACAUCCAUUUAGCUUUUUACAAUUUCCUUUUAAAAUCUGUAAUACAUUAAUAUAUAACAAGAGCUUCAUCUUGCUGCCAGCAGCAGUUAUCAGCUACUUAUAUUAGUGAGGCUACUGCACGAGAAUGUUAGCGAUUAGCAUGGUUAGUACAGAUAGCAUUGCUAAAAUCGCAGUCUCUAAAGAAUUUGAAUUCUUACCUUAACAAGCUGGAUUUUCAAAUCCAGCUUGUUGCUCACAUUUUGAAAGCUCAAUAAGAUAAAAUGACUAUUCUGUACUCGGUUUAGUCUCCCUGCUAUCAGCUUUAAAUCUUGCUCUCUUACUCACAGCUUGACCUAACUUCAAAUCUUUCUAGACUGGUUUUUGAAAAUAGAGUUUUAUUUCAAAUAGCUUAUAUACAUCUUUGUGUUUCCUUUAGUUUCAUGGUAAAGACCCCACUGGUUAUGAAAAUAGCUAACCGCUCAGCUUCAGCGUCCACAUCACAGUGUUAUGAGCACAAGCCUGGUAAUGAUAAGCAUGGUGUGUUCACUGAUUGAAAACAAAAAAACUGGCUGGUCACCUGCCUGGGUUUACCAAGCAGGAAUUCAGACAAUUCUGGUCACCAGCCAAUUUCUCUCUGCCCUUCUAAAAGAAACCCAAAUUGCCAUUGUAAGGUACCCAAUAAGGCACUGUGUAGGCUGUCUUAGGUUCUCGGUUGAAAACUCUAAACCUGGAAUGAGGCAUUUCUUAAGUAGCUCUCGUGUUUGUGUCUUAUUGAAACACAGUAGAGUGAAAAUUGUUUUUAACUGGUUACUAAAUCUAACCAGCUUCCUAGACUGUUGGUCAUUUUUUCAAAAGCUUAGCACAGCUAUUCUCAUAUCUGCUUAGUUGUAAAUUAGAUAUUUUUUAUCUGAAGCCUUUAGCUUGGACGGCAAACUGAGUAAUAAAAGCCAAUUUUUACCGUAAACUGAGACAGUUUGGUCUCGAUUUGGUAUGCAAGUCAAGUUGAACUUUUAACUGAAUGUGUUUACAACAAGUAGGCCCUGUUGUCAACACAAUAAAUCUUGUUCAUAGCAUAUCCAGGAACAUCAUAGCUUGUGUUAAAGUGCAAACCCACAAUACUUGCUUGAUUUGCCAACACAUGUCAACACAUGUUACAGUUUAUAUAAUGUCAUACAUUUUUCUGUAUUGCUGUAAAAAAUCUUAAUUUGAUGCAAGUCUUUUAUUCUAAAAAUAAACCUCACAGCAUUUUUUGUCAGUA